GUCAGCGCCGUCCCGUGCCUCCCCGGCCCGAGUCCCCCCCGACCCAUGGAGCAGCUGCUGCGAGCCGAGCUGCGCACCGCGACCCUGCGGGCCUUCGGGAGCCCCGGGGCCGGCUGCAUCAGUGAGGGACGAGCCUACGACACGGAUGCGGGCCCCAUUUUCGUCAAGGUCAACCACCGGACGCAGGCCCGGCAGAUGUUCCAGGGAGAGAUGGCCAGCCUGGAGGCCCUCCAGGCCACAGGCCUGGUUCGGGUACCACGGCCAAUCAAGGUGAUUGACCUGCCGGGAGGAGGGGCUGCCUUUGUGAUGGAGCAUCUGAAGAUGAGGAGCUUGAGCAGUCAGGCAUCAAAACUCGGAGACCAGAUGGCAGAUUUGCACCUUUACAACCAGAAGCUCAGGGAUAAGUUGAAGGAGGAGGAGAACACAGUGGGCCGGAGGACUGAGUGUGCUGAGCCCCAGUAUGUGAGCAAGUUUGGCUUCCACACGGUGACAUGCUGUGGCUUCAUCCCUCAGGUGAAUGAGUGGCAGGAUGACUGGUCGACCUUCUUUGCCCGGCACCGUCUCCAAGCACAGCUGGACCUCAUUGAAAAGGACUAUGCUGACCGAGAGGCACGAGAACUGUGGUCACAACUACAGGUGAAGAUCCCGGAUCUGUUUUGUGGUCUAGAGAUCGUCCCUGCCCUUCUUCAUGGGGAUCUCUGGUCAGGAAACGUGGCUGAGGAUGGCUCAGGGCCUAUUGUUUAUGACCCAGCUUCCUUCUAUGGACAUUCUGAAUUUGAACUGGCAAUUGCUUUGAUGUUCGGGGGGUUUCCCAGAUCUUUCUUCACUGCCUACCACCGGAAGAUUCCCAAGGCUCCGGGGUUUGACAGGCGGCUCCUGCUCUAUCAGCUUUUUAACUACCUGAACCACUGGAACCACUUUGGGCGGCAGUACAGGAGCCCGUCCCUGGGCACCAUGAGGAAGCUUCUCAAGUAGCAGCCAGCCUGCAUCCCCUGCCUCCCUGCUUAGUGAGUAACUCUGGGUAGCAACACCAGAGGUGGUUUCCGGGACUAAUAAAGUCCGGCUGGGCUUCAGGGAUGGAA